AUGGCUUCGCUCUCUGAUGCAACACUAAUGGAUGCUGAUUUAACUUGUAAUAUGGACGUUACUCAAACGUCUAGUUCAACAGAAAUUGCUAAAGAAGCAAUGGAUAAAAGCGGUUCAAAUUCAGAUCCACCAGUUCAAGUAGCUUCAUCUCGAUUACGUUUAAAUUCAACUGCUGAGAAUCGACUUUAUGCAGCAAUGCGAAAACAUGAAAUAGCAACAAAUGAAAAGAUAAAUCUUUGUAAAUUAAAAGGUUUUGAAAUUGUUUUAAUUUGUGAUGAUUCAGGCUCUAUGAAUACUAUGAUGAUGAAUAGUCAACAAACUCGUUGGAAUAGCUUACGUAAAUUUGUACGAACUGUUGCUGAAUUUGGUACUAUAUUAGAUUCAAAUGGUGUGGAUGUUUGCUUUCUUAAUAGACCAGAUUUUUAUAAAAUCAUAGAUCCAAGACAAAUUGAACCAUUAUUUAAUGAACCUCCAUCAGGUUAUACUCCAUUAACAAAAGUAUUACGGAAAGUGUUGAAAAUGCCGGCAGCUCGUCGUGGUUUUGAUAAAAAACUAUUAAUAUUUAUUUGUACAGAUGGUGAACCUACUAAUGAUGAUGGUGAAUCAGAUUUACAACAAUUUGAAUAUGUUAUGCGAUCUGAACGUCAAUCAGAAACUACUCAUGUUAUGUUUCUUAUUUGCACAGAUGAGCCUUUUUCAGUUAAUUAUUUAAAAGAAUGGGAUCGAACAAUGGAGAAUGUUGAUAUUACUGAUACUUUUGAAAAUGAGCGAAGUAACGCUAUGCAAAAAUAUGGAAAUAAUUUUAGAUUUUCAAGGGCAACUUAUAUUAUGAAAUUAUUACUCGGUGCAAUCGAUCCAAAAUUUGACGAAAUUAAUGAUUAA